AUGGCCAUUCCUAUGCUCAAGCAACUAGCCGCUGCCACCAUCGUGGCACAGUUCCUCGGUCUGGCCUCAGCUGCCGCCCUUCCCCUCCAAGCCAGAGAUGACGCGGAGCCCGGCCUGCCGCACGCCUUUGACACCACGCCGUACUGCACGUGGUGGACCGACUAUGACGGAUCGCAGACUUGUCAGGAGAACCCUUCCGUUGUCUCAGACUGCUCUGGUAUCAAGUCUAGCAACAGCUACAGUGUCGAAGGCUUCGACGAGCCUACCCCCCCCGAGGAGGAGGAGAGCACUACCACUAGCACCUCCACCGCAACCAGCAAGACCGUCACCACUGCUUCUCCUACUAUUAGCAGGGCUUCCACCACCACUACCACCGCUACUUCUGCUGGUAAUGGCGUCCAGACCCUUGAGCCCGUCCAAAACGGCAUCGUCAGCAACUGCAACAGGUUCUACAUAGUUCAGGAUGGUGACUCCUGUGCCUCCAUUGCCCAGAAGAACAACGUCCGCACCACCGACAUCAUCUCCUGGAACGGCCUGAACAACGGCUGCACCAACCUCUGGCUCAGCACGUACGCCUGCAUCGGCAUCAUUGGCGGCACUCCCACCGUCCCGCAGACCACAACCACCACGGCCGGCAACGGCAUCCAGACCCCGCAGCCUACGCAGGGCAGCAUUGUCGCUAACUGCAAGAAGUUUGAGCUCAUCCGCUUGGGUGACACGUGCGAGACUGUCGCCAAACGCUGCGGCAUUACGGUCCGGCAGAUGAUUACCUGA